AAAAAUCGAACUCGAGAAUUUAAAUUCAGCAACCAUGCCUCCUAUAAUUACACCUAUCGAAGAAAUACCCACUCAUCGUGAAUCUGGGUUUGAGACUGAUAGAAAACUAAAUGUUGAAGACAAUACUCGCAGAAUCCCUUUGAAGUUUCACACGAAACUGCUACUUUUAUUGAACUCGUGUUUUGGGGUGAUGACGUAUGAUGAGGAUUUGAUUCAGAAUCACCUCAACAAUUUGCCAUUCAAAUUCUAUUGCAAGUGUUCUCAAGUAAUAAGUUCCAUUUUGAUAACCACCUAUGGAGCAAAGCUUUACCAGUCGACCGGCGAAAUCUACACAAUGGAGGACAAUCCAAGUAUUGUGGGAAUCGCUGUUUCAUACUUCAGAAUCAUUUCCAUCAUCAAUUUUCUUGUAACUUCUUCUCUAAAAUCAUUGGAGCGUUGGCAAGAAUAUGUGGAAGUUAUUGAGAAAAUAAAACAGCUCAACACACGUUUAGACGUCAGGUUUGUGAGAUCAGGACAGAGAGGUGCAAUCAUUAUGAUCGGGAUCUAUGUGAUGACAAACGGUAUACAUAAAUUGUUUUCAGUGCUGAAGAAGCCUGAUGAGUUUUUCUUGAUACCGAUCGGUAAUAUGAUGGUCUUCAUUCUUAUAGUUUUUGAGCUGAAUUUGAGGAAACUUGUUCUGCACUUAUGCACUAUGUUUGAUGCUAUUAAUACAUCAUUGGAACACUUUGGAAAGGAGCGUUUUAUCAAUUACAAUCACAAUGUUUAUUCACAUCUAGGAGGAAAACAUAAACAAAAUUUGAGCAUCACACAACUGAGUGAUUUGCACAGAGAACUGUGCGGAGUUAUUCAAGAUGUGAGCAACGCGUUUGGAGGCCAAAACAUAUCUCUGAUGUUCUUUCUAGUCUUCUACAUCACUUUCUGCCCUUACAAAAUUUUCAUUUGCUUUCUGAAGCCCACAGAGGAUUGGGAAUACAUGGAAAAUAUUGUAAUUCUCGUUUGCUGGUGUACUACCUACAUAGCGAUGCUGUUCAUCCUAAUUUUGCCUUGUUCUUCAGCUACUAGUAAGGCAAACAAGACCGCAACAAUUGUGAGUAAAAUUCUAACGAUGAAAAACAUGUCACCACAUAACUAUUCUGAGAUGGAGAAAUUCUCAAGACAACUUCUACAUCAUAAUACAGAGUUCACUGUAAUGGAUAUGUUCACCUUGAAUUUGUCACUAGUUACAACAAUUGCAGGCUCAGUCACUACAUAUUUGGUCAUCCUGAUACAAUUUGAAGAUACAUUCUUCUGAAAAUUUUCUAAGAGACUAGGAUAACAAUAAGAGAUCAACCAGUAUAAUUGAAAAUG